UCAAACACAUAGCCACAGGGCUGAGGAGAGGCCACUUUUGGAGUGACAGUUCUAGACAGAGUUUUUAACAGAAAAGAUAGCACCAUGGCAGCCACUCUGUGUCAGGUGAUGGGCUUCCUACUGAGUUUGUUAGGAGUGGCAGGAAUAAUUGCUGCAACAGGGAUGGACCAGUGGGCGACAGAAGACCUCUUCGACAACCCAGUGACGGCCGUGUACUCAUACUCAGGCCUGUGGAGGUCAUGUGUCCGACAGAGCUCUGGAUUCACAGAGUGCCGGCCAUAUUUCACCAUUCUGGGACUGCCAGCUUUGCUCCAAGCCGUCCGAGCCUUGAUGAUUGUUGGCAUUGUUCUUGGAGCCAUCGGCUGUCUGAUCGCCAUAUUUGCACUGAAGUGCUUGAAAAUGGGGAACAUGGAGGACAACCUCAAAGCUACAAUGACUCUGACAGCCGGGAUCAUGUUUCUUCUUGCAGGUGUCUGUGGCAUUGCUGGGGUGUCGGCCUUUGCUAACUUGAUUGUGCAAAGUUUUCGGUUCACGACGUAUGCCGAUGGUGGGUUCAGUAUGUUUGGAGGAGCGAACAUCGGUGGACUCACAGGGGCUCUGACUCCAAGGUAUACUUUUGGCCCUGCACUUUUUGUGGGCUGGAUUGGUGCAGCUAUUUUGGUCAUCGGAGGGAUCAUGAUGUGUCUGGCCUGCCGUGGAAUGACUCCAGACAGGAAGCAACGGUAUGAUGGGAUGGCCUACAAAGCUGCCUCUCACCACACUGUCUACAAGUCGGACAUCAGAUCACGUCCAGCCUACAAUGAUUCCUACAAGGCUCAGAGUGUGGAUGGAAGGCAAUCAAACCAGCGAUUUGACUAUGUGUAGAAUCAUUUACCUUUUAUAUUCUACAGUUCUGUAAUGAUCCAUGAGUUUUCUCUUGUUUUUUGCUCCCAUUCACGGGAAAAGUGGUUAUUUUUUUAUUUCUCUGUGCUUUAAUUGGACAGAACUGCAUUUAAGGUGUGUAUUUUUUAAAAUAUUUUUACAGUAGCAUUAUAUAAUCCUUAUUAUCAAAUAAGGAUUAUAUAAUAAUAAUAAUAAUAAUGAUCUUUUUAGUGAUUCAUUUUUUUCGUUUCUUUUUUCUUUGUCUUUGUCAAAUAAAAACUAUAGUUAUUCUUGGUGAUUCUUUGUUAAUAUUUAUGACCACAAUAUGUAACACAAUGUGGAUAGUAGUAAGAUAAUCUAAGAUCUCUUCAUUUAAAAAAGUAAACUCCACACAAUCUAUGUCUCAUGUAGUGAUUAGUUCAAAAAAUGUACACUGUCAGGGGAAUCUUGUGUAGCUAACCAAAACAACUGCAAAAGUAACAUUAGCUUGUUAAUAUAUUUCAUGACUAGAAUGAGGAGGAAAAGUGACAAUAUACGGCUGACAUCUUGCCUGACCUUCAAAAUGCUGUUUCAUAAUGAUGUAAGCUGUUGAAAAUACAAAAUUAUAAAACAUAAUGCCAAUAUUGUUAGCCUAAAUGACAAAACAUUUGUUACGAUAGCAUAACUAGAUACAUGCGUUUUUCUUCAUGUAUUUCGCCAUGCAUGUCUAUAUAAAUAAAACAGUCAUAACUUCAUUAA